CGCAUUCCUCCGCGCCAGCAGGGGGCGCGCGGCGCGGGACGUGGCGGCGGCGGCGGCCAUGCAGGCGGCGGCGCAGGGCUCGAAGCAGGCCGCGCAGGCGGCGGCGCAGGAGCUGGUGAAGUUCGUGAACCGGAGCCCCUCGCCCUACCACGUUGUGGCCGAGUGCCGCAGCCGGCUGCUGCAGGCCGGCUUCCAGGAGCUGAAGGAGACGGAGCACUGGGACGUGCGGCCGACGCAGAAGUACUUCGUCACCAGGAACUACUCCACCCUCAUCGCCUUUGCUGUCGGCGGCCAGUUCCAGCCCGGGAAUGGGUUCACCUUGCUGGGGGCGCACACCGACAGCCCCUGCCUGAGGGUGAAGCGGCGCUCGAAGCGGGGGCAGGUGGGCAUGGUGCAGGUCGGUGUGGAGACCUAUGGAGGGGGCAUCUGGAACACGUGGUUUGACCGUGACCUCACCGUGGCCGGGAGGGUGAUCAUAAAGGACCCGGUCACAGGGCGCCUGGAGCACCGCCUGGUACGUGUGGAGCGGCCUGUCCUCCGCAUUCCCCACCUGGCCAUCCAUCUGCAGCGCAGCAUCAAUGAGAACUUCGGACCCAACACCGAGCACCACCUGGUUCCCAUUCUGGCCACUGCUGUGCAGGAGGAGCUGGAAAAGGAGGUCCUUAUGGAGGCCACACCUUGCGAUGCUGCUGCCCAGGCAGAGCGGCACAGCCCUGUCCUGCUGUCCCUGCUCUGCCCCCAGCUGGGGGUGAAACCAGAGCAGAUUGUGGAGCUGGAACUAUGCCUGGCGGAUACGCAGCCAGCGACGCUGGGUGGUGCCUUUGAUGAGUUCAUUUUCUCCCCACGCCUGGACAACCUGCACAGCUGCUACUGCGCCCUGCAGGCCUUGAUUGACUCAUGUGCAGCACCCUCCUCCCUUUCCCAGGAGCCCAAUGUGCGUCUCAUUGCACUCUAUGACAAUGAGGAGGUAGGGUCAGAGAGCGCACAGGGUGCGGAGUCCCUGCUGACAGAGCUGGUGCUGCGCCGCAUCUCAGCAUCACCGCAGAACCUGACAGCCUUCGAGGAGGCUGUGGCCAAGUCCUACAUGAUCAGUGCUGAUAUGGCUCACGCUGUGCACCCUAACUACAUGGACAAGCAUGAGGAGAAUCAUCGUCCAGCUUUCCACAAGGGCCCCGUCAUCAAAGUGAACAGCAACCAGCGCUACGCCUCCACUGCUGUCACUGAAGCCAUCAUCCGGGACAUCGCCGCCCGUGUGGGUGUCCCUCUGCAGGUUGCCUCGCUUCAGGCCGAGGGGAGGCUGUGGGCAGUGUGGAGAGCUGCUGGGGCCAUGUCCCCAUGCAGGAGUUCAUGGUGCGCAAUGACACACCCUGCGGCACCACCAUUGGCCCCAUCCUGGCCUCCCGCCUGGGGCUGCGCGUGCUGGACAUCGGCUGCCCGCAGCUCGCCAUGCACUCCAUCCGGGAGAUGUGCUGUACCUCGGGUGUGCUCCAGAGUGUCACCCUCUUCAAGGUGAGCCCCGGGUUCCCUGUCCUGCACUGAAGCCCCUUCCCUGCCGCUCCACACCUUUUGCAUCCCCAUGUCCUCAUCCAGCCCCCACCUUGGGGCUGAGCCCAGCCAUCUCAGCCCUCCCUGAUGGCUGCCAUCCUCAAAUGGUUCCUAUGGCAACCAGCACUAGCCUUGAGUCAGUGAUGGGUUUCUAUGGCGACGUGGUCUUGCUCUCUGUGCGUAGCUGCCUGCUGUGACGCCUUGCGCGUGUGUAACCCGGCAGGGAGCCACUGCCUGUCCCCCAACCCCACGCUGCCCUGCCCUGCCCAGCCCACCCUGACAGCUUCUCUCC